AUGCUUACAUUGAAGGAUAUAAAGAUCAAUGAUCUGAGAGAAUUUUUUGCAAAGCACACUUUGGAAAAUGAAAGUAAUUUUAGAAAAUUAAGCAUACAUGUGGUGGGAAAUGAUCCGGAGGAAAUUGAAGUCAAGAAUGGUAAUACUGAAAAUUAUAUAUACGAGGAAAAGCACUUUGUUUUGGAAUAUAUAAGCGACGAUCAGGAAAAAACUAAAGUUCAUUAUAUUACUAACGUAGAAAAUUACAAGGAAGGUCUCUAUACUUAUCCUGUCAGAGCAUUUAAGAUGGAGCGUAAUGAAGACGAUGAUCGGUAUCGAGUUGAAUAUCUGGAGACGCCCGUCAAAUCAGAAAACGACAAGAAGGAUUAUAGAGUCAUCAGAUUAGUAAAUGGUUUAACAGCUUUGCUUAUAUCAGAUAUAUAUUCAAAAACAGAUGAUUCUCGACAUCAAGACGAUAAGAGUGAAAAGAAGGCAGCAUGUGGCUUAUGUGUGGGAGUAGGAUGUUUCAGCGAUCCAGAAAAUCAAGGCAUAGCAAAUUUAUUCAGGCAUAUGGUUUUCAUGGAAUCCGAAAAAUACUCAGAAGAAAUCGAUUUUAAAGCAUUCAUCAAAGAACGUAGCGGAUUUGUUGAUGUCUUAACAGAUAGCGAGCAAACAACAUUUUACUUUGAUGUCCAAGAAAAACACUUAUUAUCUGUUCUUGAUCGUUUUGCUCAAGGUUUCAUUAAUCCUUUGAUGAAGAAGGAUGUCAUUAUACGGGAGCGAGAGAACAUAAGUGAGUAUAAACCGGUAUCUUAUGAUGAGAAUGAGGAACUGUUAUUCUGUGCGCAAACCGAUCCAGUCAACAAGUAUAUUCAGGACAGUUUUAUGACCUUUAGCAGUAAUAAGGAUGAUGAUAAAUUGUGUGAAGAAUUGCACAAAUUCAGAAAUCGCCAUUACGGUGCUCACAGAAUGACAAUAGCUAUACAGGCUAGAUUAUCAUUGGGCACAUUGGAAAAAUUCGUUACGAAAUGCUUUGUUGAUGUACCAAGUAACAAGUUAUCUACCGAUGACUAUGAAGACAAUGUUCCUUGUGUUCCUUUUAAUACUUCCGACAUCGAAAGAAUAUUAACCGGAACAAGGUCUCAUAUAUCACAUAUUAUGUUUAAGCAAGAUGAUAAACUGGAAGUAACAUGGACAAUGCCUUUACCGCUUGAUUUUUAUAAAAAUAAACCUCAUGAAUAUAUCGCAUGGAUUAUUGGGUAUAGAGGAAAAGGUUCUUUAACAAGUUAUCUACGCACAAAAAUGCCAUGUUGUAUAGGUUGUGAUAAUGUUCAAUGUAACAGUAAAACGUUCUUAAGAUAUAAUUGUAUAUAUACUGUGUUGAAGCUUACUGUAGUGCUCUUCUGUGAAAAACAAGAACAUUUGAAGGAAGUUCUAGAUGCGAUAUUUUCCUUUAUUAAUUUAUUAAAAAAAGAAGAUCCACAUAAAAGGACUAUUUACUAUGACUACUAUAAGAUAAUGGAAUAUAAUUUUAGAUUUAUUAAUGAAACAGAUUCUAUGGAUUAUAUAGUAAGUUUGUGUAAGGGUAUGCAUUUCUAUCCGCCACGUGAUUAUAUAACUGCAAAUAAGCUUAUUUAUAUUGAGUACAAUCUAGAAGCUAUACAAAAGUAUUUGAACUAUUUGAAGCCAGAGACCGCGAGUAUCACGAUUUUGCAAAAAAACCCUCGUCCUUUGACUUUCGAUUAUAAUGAAGUUCAGUCCUGUGUAAAAAACAAAAAGAAACAUAUAUAUAUUGAAGUACCAAAGGAAUGUAUCGAACAUUGGAAAUCCAUUAAGCCGUUGCCAGAUUUUCAUUUACCAUUAAAGAAUGAAUUCAUUGCCAGCGACUUCUCUUUAAUAUCGAUACCAGUGAAAGUUCCGAAAUAUCCUGUAAAAAUAUACAAUGAUCAUGUAUCGGAAAUUUGGUAUCGUCCGGAUCCCAAGUUUCGUUUGCCGAAAUGUUGUAUGAAUUUACAAUUUGUUUCUUCUUUAGGAAUUCAGUCGCCGAAGAAUGUAAUUUUUAUGGAAAUAUACUGUCGUGCAUUAAAAUUGCUUUUGUUUGAAGAAUUAUAUCCAGCUGUGGUAGCUGGAUUUGAAUAUCAUAUCAGUACUAGUGAUAAAGGUAUUAUAAUCAAAAUGAACGGGUUUAUCGAAAAAUUGCCCCGCUUGUUGAUAACUAUUGCAAAUUACAUGACUAAUUAUCCAGCACUUGUUACGAAGUCUUUAUUUGAAUCAUGCAAAGUGCAACUAUUAAAUGAGGGAUAUUAUAGCAAAGCAUUUAUGGAUCCAUAUCAUCUUAUCGAUGAUGUGAAAUUAUCGAUAUUGAAGCUUAUUCAUUAUACAGACGUCGAAAAGCAUACUGUUCUGUCUAACGUGAAUUUUAAAGAAUUUCGACGCUUUGUGAAAUCCUUUACCGAUCAUCUGUACGUCCAGUGUCUUGUACAAGGUAACAUAACGCAGGACGAUGCAAUUGAGACUAUACAGCAUUGUCUCAAAAUAAUUAAUUGUGGUCCAUUGCUUAGUAAUACAGUACAGCAGAUGAGAGUCGUUCAAAUACCUUUGGGCAUAAGCUAUUGCAAAUUAAAAAAUAUAGACAAAAUGAAUGCGACUUCCGUAGUAACAAAUUAUUAUCAGUUUGAUGUCAUGUCAGUUGAAUUAUCGGUAUUACUCGAUCUGAUGAUGGAAAUGAUUGAAAUAUUAUUACACAAUUGGGUAUCAAAUGAAACAAUGCAGUUUAAAGUUGUCUCGUGCGACUCUGACUACAUUAACGGAGUUUUAGGAUAUUCCAUUACCGUUAAUACUAAGGCAAAUAAAUGCACGACCGAGCAUAUGGAUGAGCAGAUCGAGGUAUUUUUGCAAUUGUUUAAUGGGAUUUUGAAUGAUUUCCUGGAAAUGGAUUUGGAUCAAUUAAAAGAGAGGCUAAUAAUUGAAAAAAAGCUAUAUCAAUAUACUGAUAACGUUCUUAAAGAAGAAGUUGAUAGAAACUGGAGUGAGAUAAUACAAGGGGAAUACGUUUUUGACAGAUACGAGAGGGAAGUACUUGCAAUACAAAACAUAAAGAUCGACGAUCUGAAAAGAUGUUUUGCAAAACACAUAAAAAACGGAAAUAAUUUUAGAAAAUUAAGCAUACAUGUAAUAGGAAAUGAUCCGGAAAAAAUUGCAGUCGAAAAAGAAAAUUAGCACUUUACUUUGGAAUAUAUAAGCGACGUACAGGAAAUUGAAGAUCAUCACAUUGUUGACGUAGAAGACUACAAGAAAUAUCUUUGUGUCUAUCCUCUCAGAGCAAAGAAUAACUGA